GAGCUAAUCUAUAAAAACUCAGUGGCAAGUAAAAUGGUUUGGUUUUUGUCUUGCGUUUGAAAUGCUAGAUAAUUACAAAUUCAUUUAAGAAAAGGCUUAGUUUAGAUCUUCUGAGUGCGACGGAGCACGUUGAUUGAAAAGUCUUACAACAACAGUAGAAUAAACUAUAAAGGAUUGUUGAUAACGUUCUAAACUUGCAAGUCCAGCCUCUUGCUUUCCAGCCUCAAGUUUGCCUGAUUGGACAACACCGGUAUUAAGAUGUUGGACUUUCUGCAGAAUCUCACAUAUUACGCUUGAAGUGGAGCAAAUUGAGAUGCACUACUGAAUCUUGUUUAAAUCAACAGUCCUGUAACCUCCAAAAAAAAACAGCUGAAAAUGGCACUUAACCUAAAAGGUGGCAGGAGGGCGUAAAUACGACCGGUCAGAGUUGAUGACUUAGUGACUGAAGCACCUCCAGCUCACGCAAAGCUGCACUGUAUACGUUUUGGGUCUGACGUUCUUUGUCAAGUGAAAUGUAAUAAAGGGUACGUUCCUGAUCCUGAAAGGCCCCAUGCCAGCUCUUAUAUGAGGCGCGAGGGCAAGUGGACAACCUAUCCCCAAAGAAUGCAGUUUCCUUGGGCUGACUGUGUGUUGGCAUCUCAAUAGAAAUCGACCAGCAAUGGCUUUCCUGCAGAGGAUUUCUCAUUUCCUUUCUCUGAGUUGUUUGGAGCAAUAGGAUACCAAAGAUAAUCAAUAAAACCAGAGCACUGGGAAACACGGAAUAACCUGUGUAGCUUCAUUUAUAGAUGAUAGUAUUAGAGUUUGAAAAAGAAAAGAAACCCGAGCAAAAAAGAUCAAAAGAAAGAACGCCAGAAAAUUGCUAAUUUGCUCAUUCUCUCUUUGUUUCCUUAUCUAUUCUAAUAUUCGCACACACAUUAAUUUGUGCUUGAGGCUAAGCCACAAGACAAAAUUAUCGAUUACAUUUUAUGGCAUUUACACUCCCUGGAAACCUGUCAGUAAACCGUACAAUAUUUUCAUGUAAUAGCGAGUAACAUCUAUCGCCAUUACUCCUGAUUGAGCUAUUUUUAAAACAAAGGUUUUUAAGGGAACCUAAUUGGAAAUGCCUUUUGAAGAUGAAACAAUAAGAUUGAUAAAAUAUAAAAACCAGCAGCAACGAAAACUUAAAAAAAAUUAUAUUAUCUUUAAAACUUGGGAUAUGCACCAGACAGAUGGAAGUUGUAAAGAUUAUAACUAUCUAAGCUGUUAGGUCCAGUCCAGCGUAUCCCUACAAUGAGGUUCAUGAGUCGCGUCUUUAAUUCGUAAAUUUAAAAGUUUGCCAAUGCUUCAAGCAAUUUAUAUGCUUAAACCGCUGAGAAAAAACAAAGUCAGUCUUAAGUCGAUAAAAAGAAAGGUUCUCUCUUAUUCCUAAUGUUCUCGCAACGGUCAGGAAUUGCACAAAAGCUUCUUUUUGAAUAUGUUCAAUUCCAUGAUCUGAAAGUUAAUUCUCCCAACUAAUACCAUUCAUUCUGUGUUGGUCAGUGUCACGACUUUGCUGAUAUAUCAAGCCACUUUCUAAUCAGUGGAUGAGAAUAGUUUUUCUCUCUUACUCCUGAUGGCAAGUAGAACGUGUUUACCUAUGUACGUAACUACGAGAGUUAAAGAGUUCUCUGUCACGAAAAAACAUUUUUCUACCGCUUUGUCAAGUAACACUAAGGCAAGCUUUCCUCUCUUACUUGAUAAGGAUCCUUCAAUAUGUUAGUCACCGAAUGACGCAGAUAAAAGCUCACAGGAAAAACCUGAUACAAAGCUUUGCUAAGACUGCUUUUGAUUGAUGACAUUUUUCCUGAAUAUGACGAAAGUUGUUUUUGAUUCGUUGGUUUCAAAAGCCCAAAAGCUCCAAGCACAGGAAACGCAUGCUGCCAUUGUAGGUUUAUCCUUUUAUCGUCGAACAGUUGGAUAGUUGUUGAUCACUACUUUCUAAAGAGAAACUGACAACUUAAUUUUCCAGUACAAAAUAUUUUAACAUUUUAAACUGAUAACUGGACUGACAACACGUCCAUUAACAUUUUUAAAGCUGCUUGAUCACAAAAGAGUCUCACAACUAAAAGAAAAAAAGCAAAUUGUUUUAGUGAGAAAAUACCCCAUCUGACACGGCCAUCACGUUUAUAAUCGCAGGUAUUGUGUGGAAACAAAUUGGCACAGACCUAUAUUUAAAUAUCAAUUUCCUUGAACUCAUUUGCCUUUCGCUUCGAACACCUGUCCGAAAUUCCAGUUUAAGCGACUAAGCUGUGGAAAUUUUUAUUAUGAAAGAUGUGAAAACGUGGUACACGAGAUCAAAUCCUACCAAAGAAAUUCUUCAGAGAUUUCAAAACGUUUGAAGAUAAAUUGAGGGAAGGGUUUAAAAUGUUUAACUAAUCACACAAAUGGCAAUCAAUAAAGCGGCUGGCUUUUUUCGUUCAUGCUGGCGAUAUGACGUCACUACAUCGGCUGGCCGUCGCAUACAGUCGCUGAAGAUCAUCGGUGUUGCAAUGAUAGCGGUACUUGGCCUUCUUAUCUUCGUUGUUGAGGAUGUCCGCCAGGCGCAUAAAAGUAUUGAUUUAGCAAACGACAUGGAAGAUAAGUUGCAAUCAAGUCUUCAGGUGGCAUUUCUUAUUCAUCGUUUGCAAAUAGAGCGUGGCCUUACGGUAUUGUGCCUUAGUUCCCAGAGUUCAGGAACAAUAACGCAAAGUGUUUACGACAAGAUGAACGGUGCCCGGGACGAAACGGACAAGGUUCUGGCAGCAACAGAGUGGCCUUUCUCCAUUAAACCUAUCCUUAUCAACGCCAACCAUUUUCAAGAAUAUUUGAAGAAUCACAGGGACGCUGUUGGGAAGAACUGUACGCACGGCGAGCCGGACGGUCAAAUUGAGUUUUAUACCCAUCCAAUAAAUUUGAUGCUUGAUUGGUUCUUUGACACGAUUAAGAAUACCUCCAAAGAAAUCAACGUGGAUAUGAUUGGCUACUACAUGUUCCUUGCCGGUAAGGAUAAAAUCGGCAUAGAACGAGCGCUUGGUGGAUCGUUUUUCGCCAAGGGACAAUUUAAUAACAGCAACCUGGUGUAUUAUGCAAACCACAGUAUACUCGGAGGAGAUUACUUGAGGUCGAGUGGCAUGCUAAUGCCCGAAAUUAGUGAGGAGUUAAAUCAAAAUUUAAACGACGCCCUACUUGCUUCGAUUGAAAAAAACCGAAGCGUGAUUUACGCAAAUAAAGCCAGCAAUGGGUCAGCACACAAAGGCGAAGAAUGGUUCGAUCUCAUGACGGUCUACCUUAACAAGUUGUUCCAGGUACAAAGGAAUGCAGGAGACAUCCUUAAAAAUCGCUUGGAAGACGCAAAGAAAACUAAAAAGUCAGACUUAGCCUUGCGAUUGUCAUUUCUCACUUUUACAUUCCUUCUGAUUCCCUUCCUUGUAUUUUCUGUUCACCGAAUGACUGGAACGAUUCAAAACUACACAUUUAAGCUGGCACAAAAGACCUUGGAACUACAAGAAGAGAAGAGACGAGCAGAUACACUCCUUUACCAGAUGUUUCCUCAUUCCGUCGCCGAGAUGCUUAAGAAAAAGCAGCAGAUUCCGGCAGAAUACUUUAAAAGUGUGACAAUAUUCUUUAGUGACAUCGUCGGCUUUACCGAGAUGUGUUCUGUCAUGACUCCAUUGCAGGUAACAGGGAUGCUAGACGCGGUGUAUGGUGUGUUUGACGAGCGCAUCAAUACAUAUGACGUGUAUAAAGUGGAGACAAUUGGUGAUGCAUACAUGGUUGCAUCUGGGCUUCCCGAACGGAAUGGAAUUCGACACGCUGACCAAAUAGCUCGCAUGGCGCUUGAUUUGCUGACCGCAGUUGAUGAAAUGGAGCUGCCUCAGUUCUUUACAGGAAAACUCACAGUGCGUAUUGGAAUAAAUACUGGACCAUGCGUGGCUGGUGUUGUUGGCACCAAAAUGCCUCGAUACUGUUUGUUUGGCGACACAGUGAAUACUGCUUCAAGAAUGCAAACAACAGGAGAACCUCAAAAAAUACACAUAACAGAAGAUACCAAAGUCAUUUUGGACCAGCUUGGAUGCUACGAAGCCGAAUUCAGGACCUACUUAGAGGUUAAGGGCAAGGGAAGGAUGCGUACAUACUGGCUGAACGCUGUUUCACAAGAUAUUUCCUUGUAAAUACCAACCUAUUUUCACUGUCGUAUGAAUGUAAUAUUCGUCUUUAUAUAUGUCAGUUAAAAAUUUUUAUAGAUGGUAGGACUCUUCACUUUUAUAUGGGGUACUGUGCUAUGGGAUUCGUCCAGCUACAGGCACGAGAUACACGAACGGAUUUAAAUGAGUGGAUGUCUCAUUUCUUCAUUUCCGCAGCCAUUAGACGGAAAAAAUGAAGCUCUAUUUCAUCAUCGCGACAUUUCGCUAACUUGUUAGAAAAUUGUUUGUAAUGACUAAAUUUCGUGAACAGUUAAAGCUAAUGUUGCCUAUAAUAUAUCACUGCUUCGCUUAAUAAUUAAUAUGAAAAAGACAGAAUUCAAACAUUUCAGCAAUUGAAGAUGUAACUGACACUUGCACUGCCUUUAAAUUGGUCUCAGUGAAAGAGUAAACUAAUAUAAUUUUCCAAGUUCUUGGCUCCAUUUCAGGGAACUUAACGACGAAAGCGUAUUCCUGUAGUUGUAAGUUAUUGAAGACUGUUAUCUUAAAAAGAAAACAGAAAACUCGACCGGUAUUUGUUUAAAAAAAUGUACUAAACAAAACUAGAGAGUUAUUUAUAAUAAAUAGCUCUUAGAUGUUUAAGUUUUAGCCAUAACGCUGCUAUACGCGGUGAACUCUGCCAUACCAUAUCUUACCUUGUUAAGCAUUUUAAUUUGUAAGAGUCAAUUUGAUUGUACAACCGCACAACAACUUAUUUCAUCGUACUGUUCUACUUUCCGCAUUCGUUCACUUAUAUAUUUUAAUAGAGACUGAGUAGUGUUCAUAGUAAAACUUACUCAAAAUUAAACAUAUGAGUUCAUUAUACGACUUUACCAUGAGGAAACUAUGUAAUUUAAAGUUUUUACAUGGUUUGCACCAUUGAUACAUACAAUAAACAGCACAACUAUG